AAGAAAAGGUUCCAGCGUAUUGAUAUUUGAGAGAUAAUUAUAUCUAGGUACUGUAGACAAAAUGCUGGCGACGAAGAGAUUGCUCCCUCGCCUUCCUGCGGCAGCCUCGCACGGUCUCCCUCGCUGCCUCGCCGGCCCCUCGCGCGCGCCACGCUUCAGCCACGCCGCGUCGAAGAGCGCCGAGAACGGAGUCCUGUGGCUGCAUCCGGCGGGAGGAACUAUCGAGAGGUUAGACGUGGCCGCGAAAUACGCUCAGCUGAACCUGCUCGGCUGCCUCACCAUCAACAGCUGUCUGCCCCUUGAACCGGCCCACUUCGAGGAGGCUCUCAAGCACCUCCACAGGAAAAUUAGUCCCCUCAGAGCAUGUUUCCGCUGGAGGGAAGGGACGCUGUGGGUGUGUGAAGCGCUCGAUCCCCAGCUGGACUUUCUGGUUCUAAAGGAUUCGGAUGUGACAACAACAAUCAACAAUCUUUUGAUUCAACCUUUUGAGAAUUCAGCAGAAGCACCUCUUGGCGAGCUCGACUCCUCCCGGCAGCCCCUGGCGUCCCGUGUCCAAUAA